UAGGCCUAGCCUAUAGGUUUUUUGCUCUGGUGGUCUGCAUGGGGAAUAUAAUCCAGACUGCUAUUACAUAACACAUAUUUGUUUUCUGUGUGUGUCUUGUCUUUGAGAGAAAUGAGAUGAUGUAGCCAACGUGCUGACAACCAAUUCGAUUCUCAAAAUGGUAAGGACGAAGAACUAACGACAUAGCCUACCAGUUGGUUAUUGAGAGAAACGACGUCAGUAAAUUGGUGUCCUGUCUGCUGAAUAGCAAAGUAAACGAACCCAGACCAAAGUUGACAAUUAAAGUGUGGACAAAGUUCACAGUGCUUCAGAGGACAGUCGAGACGGGAGUGUUUUUUUCUUCUGGUUUGCAUAACUUCUGUUCUAUGUAAUCCGGUGCAUUGUAGCUAUCCUAAAUAACGUCAACAUGUGCCAUUAUUGUGAUGUUCGCGGUCGUGUAUGGCUUUCGCCUUCCAUUCGAUUAUUUUUGUUUGGAUUAUGCGUCGCACCUGUGAUUUUACACCCUCAGUGUUUGGAUUUCAAACCCCCAUUUCGACCCCAACAAGAGCUCCAGUUUUGCUCCAUGUACAAGUACUUCGGCUGUUGUGACUAUGCGAAAGACCAACAGUUAAUGGACAAAUUCUAUAAAAUUAUGGACAGAUUUGACUAUGAUGGAUAUUCUAAAUGCGCAGGGUACGUUCAGGACCUUCUCUGCCAGGAAUGCUCUCCAUUUGCUGCUCACCUUUUCGAUGCAGAGGACCCAAGCACUCCAACCAGAACCAUCCCCGGUCUCUGCCCCGACUACUGCUCUCAGUUCUGGCAGAGAUGCAGAACUACAGUCCCCUUGCUUUUAGAUGACCCGCAUCUGGUGGAGUUACAAACAGACCAGACCCGUUUCUGUCAGUAUCUUGAGCUGGUGGACCCAGAUUACUGCUACCCACACCUGCUCAGCAACGAGCAGUUGACCCAGAACCUAGGCAGGGUCCGGUCAGACUCAGCAGGCUGCCUGCAGCUGUGUUUGGAAGAGGUAGCCAACGGGCUACGUAACCCUUUAGCCAUGGUGCACGCUAACGACGGAACACACCGUUUUUUUGUGGCUGAGCAGGUGGGCUUGGUGUGGACUUAUCUGCCGGACCGGUCCAAACUGGAGAAGCCAUUCCUGAACAUCACCAAGGCAGUGUUGACCUCGCCGUGGGAAGGGGAUGAGAGAGGGUUUCUUGGGUUGACCUUUCACCCCAACUACAAGUACAAUGGGAAGCUGUACGUGUAUUACUCUGUGGAAAUCGGCUUCGAUGAGAGGAUACGGAUCAGCGAGUUUCGGAUAUCUGCAGGAGACAUGAACGUAGUGGAUCAUGGAUCUGAGAGGAUUAUCCUUGAGAUCGAUGAGCCUGCAUCCAACCACAACGGAGGACAGCUGCUGUUUGCAGACGACGGUUACCUGUACAUCUUCACUGGGGAUGGGGGCAUGGCAGGAGAUCCUUUUGGAACAUAUGGGAAUGCCCAAAACAAGUCAGCUCUGUUAGGCAAAGUCCUCCGUAUCGACGUGGAUGACAAUGACAGGGGACCUUUGUACAAGAUCCCGCCUGACAACCCAUUUGCGCGGGAGCGCGGGGCGCGCCCCGAGGUGUAUGCCUACGGGGUGAGGAACAUGUGGCGCUGCUCUGUGGACCGCGGGGACCCUCUGACGAAGGACGGCAAGGGGCGGAUCUUCUGCGGCGACGUAGGCCAGAACAAGUACGAGGAGAUCGACAUCAUCGAGAAGGGUCGGAACUACGGCUGGAGGGCCAAGGAGGGCUUCUCCUGUUAUGACAUGAAGCUAUGCAGCAACACCUCGCUAGAUGACGUUCUACCUAUUUAUGCAUACUCUCACAAGAUGGGCAAGUCAGUGACUGGAGGUUAUGUCUACCGAGGUUGUGAAUACCCCAACCUUAAUGGCAUGUACAUCUUUGGAGACUUUAUGAGUGGGCGCAUGAUGAGCCUGCAGGAGAACAGAAACACAGGGAAGUGGGACUACCAGGAGAUAUGCAUGGGUGUAGGCAUGACCUGCGCCUUUCCUGGACUCAUUGACAAUUACCACCAGUACAUUAUCUCCUUUGCUGAGGACGAGGCUGGGGAGCUUUACUUCAUGUCCACUGAGAACCCCAGCGCCACAUCUCCCUCUGGGGUUGUUUACAAACUAGUGGAUCCCUCAAGACGGGCAGCACCAGGACAAUGUCACUAUGACCCCCUUCCUGUCAGAGUGAAAAGCAAGCUCAUCCAGUUAAAGCCGAAGGGAACUUUAAUUCACAUUCACACCAAGAAGUCCAAGGUGCAGCACAGAGACGAACCCCCUGAAGGACCGUACCAAACAGAUGCAGACAUGGGGGUCAACCCAGACUGGCUCCAAGACAUCAUGGACCUCCUGGAAGAGGAAAAUACAGAGUUCCACACAACCACAACCCCCACGACCACGACCAAACCGCCCAGGCAGUCAGGACGGAGAGGCCGUGGGAGGAAGGGCAAACACAGGACUGAUAGGCCUCCCAAACUCAUGGAGUUGCCCCAGAAUGGUGCAGUGAGGCUGGCGGGAGACAGGGCGGAGCUUGCAGAUCACGGGAGGGUGGAGAUCUUUGCUGACGGAGAGUGGGGGACGGUGUGUGACGACUUGUGGAACACGAAGAGCGCGGCGGUGGUGUGUCGGCAGCUGGGCUUCCGGUACACGCUGAAGGCCGCCAAGCACUCUGAAUUUGGCGAAGGGAAGGAUCUGCGGAUUCUUCUGGAUGACGUGCAGUGCGAGGGCAGUGAAGCGAGUCUUUUAGACUGCAAGCACUCAGGCGUGGGUGUGCAUAACUGUGCCCACAAUGAGGACGCUGGGGUAAUUUGCAGUAACUCAGACUAUGUUGUAUAAAACCUUACAAAAUUGCUACCCAAUAAUUUGUUGAUUUCUGUUUCCUUAUUGCAUUUGACAACUAAAACCAAGGAUCAUUUUAACUUUGACCAAUUGUUGUGGAGACUGGCACUUGUGCCUACCUCAAUAAAGUGACAUUUGCAUUUGUCAUUAGUCUUCAGUAGUCUCAUCAGAGUGUAACAUGGAACAUACUGAAGAUAGACCUAGACCCAGUGAAUGAAUGUCUUUGGAAAUGCAGGUAAUUUGACCGAAUGUGAUGAUCACAAUGAAAUAAAUGAUAUCUUAUGCAACUGGUUCUCAACCCUUCUUACAGGUGGUUUUCAGUAUCAUACAAGAACUGAGACACGGUGUUUCUAUAUGGGAACUAAAAGGCCUUUAGAUUGUAAAGCGACUGAUCUUUUUCACAUCCUUUAUCAGCAUCCCA